CAGCGCUUUUUCUGUGGGCUGUCGGUGGUGGGACCAGUGCGGUGACCCUGUACCCCUACUCUGGCUCAAGGCCGGUGGGAGGUCUCUUCCAGCGCCUCCCGGAGGCCUUGCUCCCUGGGUAGGUGUGGGGUCCUGAGGCUCUUCUGAUCUCCAGCUCCUCUGCACCAUCCCCGGCGCAAGGCUGGGUGAGGAGAGGUCUCUGCCCUGAGUGAGCCUGUGCCUCCCCCUCACCACGCUCUGCUCCCUGACAAGGACAAGGAAGCAUCCCAGUCCAGUCCGCAUUAGGCCUCCACUUACCUCCCUGUGUCUGACUCGGAAGUCACGGCCGGAGUGGAGAGCGGAGGGGAACCAGGAAUCCCAGGGUUAGGUGGAUAAAAAUGUUGCUGGCAGGGCUGCAGUAAGUGAGGGCAGGGUGUGGAAAGGGUGACCAAGUAGGUGGGAGGGGACCCUCUGGUUUUUGUUCCCUGCCUUGUGGGUGCUGACCCUGGUCAGGGUACUGGAGAACAGUUGGUGGCCCAGAGAGGGGCUGAGGUGGCCCCCUCUGGGCAUCUUGUGGGCGCUCUUGUGAAACACCCUGGAUGGGGUGGGGCAGGGGCACAAGAGGCUGUAACCCAAAGCCACAGGAUGGUUACUCCAUCAGCAGCAGAGGUGGACAGACAGGGCGGAGGGGCCUGGGGCCCGAGCUUUUCCAGCAGGGGUGUCUGCCACCGGGAGGUGGGGGACUCCCACCAGUGCGAAGACAGACUCAGAGCUGGUUGGACAACCCUGGCUGAUUCUCUUCACAGUGAGCAGUCUGGGAGGAGUCACUCUCCCACUUCUCCCCGGUGGGGACGGCCCCCCAAGCCUUUGUGGGAGCAGGGCUUUGUCCCAAGCGGGCUUAGGGGAGGUGGCUGCAGUGAGUAGAGCCUGGGAAUGCACACACACAGGGUCUCUGGUCCAGCCCUCACCUGCCAUUGGCUAGGCUGGCCUUUCUGGCCCCAGCAGCUUGCUGGGCUGACAGUCCCCUGGGGCUGUGUUGGCUGGUGGCCUUGGGGAGUGCCAGGCCGGUGAGAGAGUGCGCGGGAGCGAUGUGCUGAGUCAGCAUGACUCGCCAGGAACAGCCAAGCUCUGGGGCGCACUGGGGUUAUUUUUAAAGCUCCCGGCUUCCUUCUAGGCUGGCCCCUCCCGCAUCCUUCUAAUCUUUCUCCUGGCCCCUCUUCUUGCUUCUGCCUCCCUAACAGUCGUCCAGUUCCCCUUCCCCCAUCAGACCCUCCUGGCCUCCCACCUGGUUCCCUAGGGGCAGGGUGGACAGGGAGCAGCCCAGCUCGGGAGAGGCCUGAGGCCAGAGUGCCUGUUUGCUGUGCCCCCGGGUUAUGACGACCCCCAAUAAAGGAAACAAGGCCUUGAAGGUGAAGCGGGAGCCGGGCGAGAAUGGCACCAGCCUGACGGAUGAGGAGCUGGUGACCAUGUCAGUGCGGGAGCUGAACCAGCACCUGCGGGGCCUGUCCAAGGAGGAGAUCAUCCAACUGAAGCAGCGCCGGCGCACGCUCAAGAACCGCGGCUAUGCCGCCAGCUGCCGCGUGAAGCGGGUGACCCAGAAGGAGGAGCUGGAAAAGCAGAAGGCGGAGCUGCAGCAGGAGGUGGAGAAGCUGGCCUCGGAAAACGCCAGCAUGAAGCUAGAGCUCGACGCCCUGCGCUCCAAGUACGAGGCCCUGCAGAACUUCGCCAGGACCGUGGCCCGAAGCCCCGUGGCGCCAGCUCGAGGCCCCCUGGCUUCAGGCUUGGGGCCCCUCGUCCCUGGCAAGGUGGCCGCCACCAGCGUCAUCACGAUAGUCAAGUCCAAGACGGACGCCCGGUCGUAGGGACGCGCGCUGGCCCAGGCGGGUUUGCAAGGGGCCACUUGGCACGUGGUGAAUCGGCAGCCCUGUCCCCUUCCUCCCCCUUCCUGUCCUCCUCUUCGCUCCCCUCCUCCUCCCUCCUCCCUUCCCUGCAAAGCACAACCUGUACCCCAGGGGCGCCGGGCUGAGCCCCUUGACCUCGUCAUUGUCAUCGUGUGUUUUGUACGUUGGGAUUGGUCGGUUUGGCGGUGACGUGCGGUCGCCCCAGCCUCCUUGGUACCAAGGGCAGGUGGGCUUGGCAUCCAGAAUUGGCCCUGUGGGAAGGCAUGGAGGGAAGAGUUGAGCAGGUGCUCUGGGACAUGUGUGUCCCUGAGCGGGUAGGGCUUCAGGGCAAGAGGGGCCCCCAGGCUAGCCGGAGGCUGGGUGCUUCACCCUCGGCUCGGCUGGCGGGCAGAGGUGGGCACUGCUCAAAAGAGUAGGGCGUCCACGAGGGCCCUGGAUGGGCAGGCCACCUGUCUGGCGCUGGGGCGGUGGGGCGUCGUGUGACUGUGGGCCAGGGGCCUUGGCGCUCGCGCCUGACGCGUUGCACUGAACAAGACCAAAUCACUGGUUGUGAGCGUAGUGAAGGGUGUGUCCAGUGUCCUGCGAUGGGUCCCGUGUCACUGUUUACAUGACCUAUUUGUGUGGUUACAUAGCCCUUUAUUUAAAAGAGAGAAGUUCCUUUUACGAAGUUAUUAAAUUAUAUGUUUAAAAGUUAAAGGAAAAAGAAGCUGCAGAGUAUUUAUAAAACUGUCUUUUUAAAAAAAGAAAAAAAGCAACAUUUGACCACAAAAACAGAAAAGGGAAGAAAGUAUAAUAGAAAUUUUGCUAGUUUAAAAAAAGAAAAAAUCCCUUUCUUGUAAACUUGCAGACAAGUCUUUGUGGCUGUUGGAGUUUAGUUUUUAUAUACACAGAGUUAUCAGAUGUUAUUUAUAAAACUUAAUUUAAAAAAAAAAGACAAAAAAAAAAAGCCGAGCCGCGAGCGACCAAGGCGCGUCCUCUCUGCUAUCUCUUUUGCAAUUGUACCGAAAGUGACUUACUCCUUUGCCCUUCCUGCUUCCGUCUCUUGCCGGUGCCGUGGUGUCGUCUGUGCCUGGUGAGGUCUUGUGCAGCGUCACGUGCUGGUGCUUCUGGUGACCUUUGACCUGUGGGUGUCACUUCUUGUGUCUGUUCUCCCGUGUUUGUGUUCCGCAUCUGGUUGUGGUUUUGAUUCUGCCGGCUUGUCAGGCCCGGUCUGGGGGGCCAGGCCGCGCUCGAUCCAACAGAGCCUGGGGGUCUGGGCUUGCCAGCCUGGCUUCUGCCCCAGGGGUCAGAUGUGGGGCACCCCCACCUCCACCUGCUGACCCUUGGCCUUGAAUGUGGGUCUCAGGCUCGGGCUGAUCCAGGAGCAGGGUCGGUGAAAUGGGGGCCAUCCCUGGGACCCCCUGCACUACUUCCUUGCCCACCACCUCUGGUCCUGGUGGGAGUUUUGCAAGGACCCAGGAGUCCCUGUUUGUACCCACAGGGCCAGAGCCAAGCUGCCCCCGGCUGUCUUCCUCCUGGCCUCCAGUCAACGAGUUCAGGCUCCAGCCACCGACCCAGGGUUUGUCCCUGUGGGUCUCACGUGGGCUUCGGCAGGGGAACCCCAGGGGCCCACUGCCCACUCGUCCCAGAACUAUUUCCAUGCUGCAGGGCAGUGCUUCCCAGGCAGAACCAGGUGGUUUUGGGGCCCACCUGGGCAGCCCCUUCUCCUUGCCUGGGGACCUGGGGGUCUCUACCAGUGCCAGACAAGGGCUACGGUCUCUGGGGACAGGCCCUGUCCCUCGUCUCCCCCAAACAUGCUGGCAGCCUCAGCUUUGGGCCUUCUUCCACCUCCCUGUGGGGUCUGUGUCUUCCAGGGGCCCACCGCCUGGCUGGCGGAGGUGCUUCUCCGGGGCUGAGUCAACUCCCCCCUCCUGGCCGCUUAGGGGAGGCAACCAGUCUUCCAGACUUGGCUUGGGCAGCUGCUUGUAGGCACAUGAAGAAGCGACUCCCCUGGCUCUGGCCACGUGGGCCUUGGCCACUCCUUGGGGUCACUAGUUGGUUUCUCUGGGGACCCUGAACCCCUGAAAAAGUACAGAAGUGGGCUGAUGAAGAGAAGAACCAUGUGGCCUGGUGAGGUUUGACAUUGUGGGCAGCAAGAUCUUAACCCCAGAGUCUGACCCAGUGUACCCAGGGAUAGGAGGAGGGACACGCUGUCAGCUGCUGUCGCCUUGAUGGGCUGCUCUUGGCACUAGACGCUCAGAGACUUUCCUGGCUGUACCCUGGUGAUGUCCAGUGGAGAUUUUGACAGUGGACUCUGAAUCACUGAGUGGCUUCCUUCGCCUCCUGCAGUCUGGCUUUGUCUCCCAGGGCCCGGACGAGAGUGGUUGAUGUUGGUUGUCGCAGCGAGUUGGAAUCCCAUCCUAGGAAUCUGUAAAGAGAGAUCAUGGCCUGUCCUGGACUGGGGAGGGACGGGCUCCACAAGUCUGAGUACGCUCCCCACUUUUGUCCUGGCUGAGAGGAAGUGGUUCAUCUCUGUGCACCCCUGCCAGGCUGUAGACCUGGAGAGAGGAGGGUGGGCAUGUGCUGAACAGAAACUGCAGGUCCUUGGUUUGGUUUACAGAUGCUUCUGGAGUUAGGCUGUAUUUCCUUUGGAGGUUUUUGCAUUUGGAGCAGUUGUUCCUUGGGUCUGGGGAGCAUCCUGCUCCCAUCAACCAGCCUCGCAGGGCCGCUCAGCCCCCUCUCCCCUUUACCUUGGUUCUUGACCUUGAUCCUGUGUCCACAUGUGAAUGGUUGGCGUCUUUCUGAUUCUCGUUGAUUCAUUUUUCCCACUGUGAACGUGUUGUGUUCUCUCUCAACUUUUCUGACACGGCGAACUGAGGGCUUUGGCUGAGGCCAAGUCUUGCAAACUUGUUCGCUAAGUAUAACGCGCACCGUUCUACACACCUUGCCCUUGCCUGACUCCACCCUUAUCUGGAUGUGGACACAGAUUUCAGAGCAGAACCCUUUGGGAACAGGUCAGUCCCUGCCCAGAGUGUGGCUCCAGGGAGCCCUCCCCGUGGCCCCUGGCCCCUGCUCUGGGUGGCGCUGUUUGUGCAGGUGAGAUGCUGCGGCUGCUGUGUGGGGUGUCGGCUUCUGCUGGGUGCUAGACCUCCUGGUCCACGCUUUAGGUCUGUGCACAACCCUGGCCGUCAGCCGCAGCCUCGAUGGUCAGUGCCUGGGCCCAGGGCUCUGAUCAGCUGCAGCCUGCUUUGGGACAAGCUCCAUCCCAUUUCACCUGCCUCCCUCUCUGGGGUGGCAGAGUGGCCGGUUGGCCACAGUUCCAGUCCACAGCUGGGAAGCCGCAGUCUGCAGCACGGUUUCCGCUGUAGGAUCUUGUAAGUUACUUUUUUAGGCUGUGGUUUGGUGAAAGGAACCAACACAUUAACGAUUUUUUCCCCCAGAAGCCACUGAAUAAUUCUUUUUGGCGCGUUUUCACCUUCCUGUUGGCUGUCUGGUUUUGGAGCAGAUGGGAAGAGCGGAGGACACCCAGAGGCAGGGGUGUGCCCUUGAGACUAAUGGCCUGUCCUGCUCUGGCCUGUGUGUCCUGAGAGUGUGCUGUACUUGUAGGGCCAGUUGCACACAUUCCUUCCCCACCCUGGAGCAGCAGCCUUGGUACGUGGGUGUCCCUUGAGUCUGAGCUGGAGUGUCGGAGAGCAGGUUCCCGAUGACCUGUUAAGGGGGACCCCUCCAAUAACCUCAUGUCCCAGCCCCACCCUUCUCCCCAUCCCCUCAGUCCGCUAGUCCCUGAAGCCUUUAACCAAGCAGGAGUGGGUACAGAAAGCCUUCUCCUGGCAUCUGAGGGCGGCAGGACAAAGGCUGUUCAGUGUCCCGUCCUGCUGCCCUCCCGGCAGAGAGGGUGGGCCAAGCGGAGUUGAUCAGACCCUUCCUGCCCUGCCUAGGACUGAAGACAGGAGGUGGCGGGGUACCUGCGAUCUGCCAGGGCAGGCGGGGUUGUUGAAGGUCCAGGUGGGGAGGGGCCUCAGCUGGGGCACCCGGGCUGACCUGGGGCGGCAGUGGCCUCGCGCCCUCCCUGCCCUGUGCAGUAUUUAUUGCUAAAUUAUUGUCCAGGAGGGGCGGCACUGGACUGGGCCCCGGGUAUUUAUUGCUGUACAUAGUGUAUGUUUGUGAUAUAUAAGGUUUUCUUUAUUUUGUAUAUGAUCAAUAAAAACCUUUUAAAGAGA